AUGUCGAUCUUACAAGAAUACUGGGUCGCCUUCACAAAUAAUCAUAACAGCUUAAUAAGGAUAGUAACGAAAGAACAAAGAAAAUCAUUGGAGUAUUUCAAGAACGAAGUAUUCGUCGACUGCGAAGAGACCUACAUUCAAGGUAAAGCAGCUAUGAAAGAUUUUCUUCAGCCAGCACAUCCCCAAAGCAGCAGCAUACCAGCUAUCGGCAGCCCACCAAGUAUGAAGCAGCAGGUAAAAUUACCAAAUAUAGAAGUACCCACAUUCGCCGGUAAUUAUGAAGAUUGGCCAACAUUCCAAGACCUUUUUAUCUCCCUCAUUCACAAGAACGAUGGAAUUAGUAAAGUACAAAAACUACAAUAUUUAAAAUUGAGUGUCAGCGGGGAAGCAGAAAAUUUACUAAAACAUAUACAAGUAACGGAGGACAACUACGAUCAAGCCUGGGAAGUACAACUUACUUCAAGAAUACCAAACACAACAUUGCAAUACAGCGACUGGCCCCACAUACAAGGACUUGAGUUAGCCGAUCCAAGUUUCAACAUUUCAAGAUCUGUAGACCUACUGUUGGGAGUAGAUGUAUAUUCACAAAUAAUACUGAGUGAGGUUAUAAGAGGCCCACCGGGAACACCAUGUGCUCAAAACACCACAUUAGGUUAUAUAAUUUUUGGAACAAUAGAUGAUAGUUUACAAUCAACCCAAGAAAAUAUUAUAGUUAUGCAUCAAAUUACAAACCUAGAUGAUAUGUUAAAAUCACUAUGGGAAAUAGAUACAACUUCUAAAAGAAAAUUAACGCAAGAUGAACAAAUUUGUGAAGAAUUAUUUCAGAAUACAACAUCAAGAAGUAGCAAUGGCAGAUACAUUGUACAAUUACCUUUCAAAACAGACAAUCCUAAAUCCAUGGAAGGAAAUAGUCGAGAGAUAGCAUUGAGAAGAUUCAAACAAUUAGAAAGCAAAUUAGAAAGGUCACCAGGUCUUAAACAAAAAUAUAAUAAAGUUGCUCCAGUGAAAACAAUAUCCCUACCACGUCUCGAGUUAUGUGGUGCAGUCCUACUAUCAAAAUUAUUACACCAUGUAACCAAUGCAAUGAGAAUACCAUCAAAUCAAGUUUAUGCAUGGACAGACUCUUCAGUUGUGUUAGCAUGGCUGCUAGGAGAACCAAACAGAUGGAAACCAUUUGUCGCUAAUCGAGUAGUGGAGAUAUUGGACAACAUCAACAACAGUCAAUGGUAUCAUGUUAAGUCUCAGGAGAACCCGGCAGAUGUUGCCUCAAGAGGUUGCAGUGUCGAUGAACUUCAAAACGAUACUUUAUGGUGGAAUGGCCCUUCAUGGCUUCUACAAAACACAAUAACAUUUUCAAGACCUAACAUUGUAUCAACUCAUUUAGAGAAGAAAUCUGUACAAGUUUGUUUAAAUACCAUGGAAACUGAAGAUAACUAUUCAAAUAAAUUUUUAGAUUUUGAUAAUUUUGAUACACUAGAAGAACUUCAAAAAAUAAUUGUUUACAGUAGAAGAUUUCUAAAUUUCAGAAAAAGGGAAUACAAAGAGUCCAGCAUUACAACAGAAGAAUUAAAUCAAGCUUUAUUAAUCUGUAUAAAAAAGGAUCAGAGCGAACAUUUCAGUGAUGACAUAAGAAAUAUUAUGAUGUAUGAAUAUGUCAAACCAAACAGUCACCUUAAAACUUUGAACCCUUUUCUUGACAAAGAAAGAGUUAUCAGAGUUGGAGGAAGAUUGCGUCAUGCAAACUUAAGUGAAGACAGUAAACAUCCAAUUAUACUCGACUCCAAGUCUAAACUUACCGCACUUAUUGUAGCUGAUGCACACAGAAAAACUUUACAUGGUGGAUUGCAACUCAUGCUUUCAUAUUUGAGAACGAAAUAUUGGAUUAUAAGAGCAAAAGGCAUUGUUAAAUCACAUAUUUUUAAAUGCUUAAUUUGUGCAAAACUUCGAGCCAAAACAAGAAGUCAACUCAUGGGUGAUCUACCGAGUCAGCGAGUAACUCCAUCACGACCUUUUCUCAACAGCGGCGUAGAUUUCGCGGGACCAUUCAACAUCCUCAUGUCCAAGGGCAAGGGCAUUCGCACAAGCAAGGCUUACAUUGCUAUAUUUAUUUGUUUAUCUACAAAGGCUAUACACCUAGAAUUGGUGAGCGACUUAACCUCAGAAGCCUUUAUUGCAGCAUUCAAACGUUUUGUGUCGCGCAGAGGGCAUUGUGCUCAGAUGUGGAGCGAUCAGGGUAGAACUUUUAUUGCUGCAAAUAGAGAACUAAAGGAGUCCCUAGAUGAAGCUAAUUUAGAAUCAUUACAUAAACAAACUGCAAACACCUUGGCUAUGGAUGGUACUCAGUGGCAUUUCAUUCCUCCCUACAGUCCAACAUUCGGUGGACUCUGGGAAGCUGGAGUCAAAUCAAUGAAAGGUCAUUUGAAGAGGGUUUUGACAACAAAUUUAACAUUCGAAGAAAUGAGCACACUUUUGUGUCAAGUAGAAGCUUGUCUCAAUUCUCGGCCGUUGACACCAAUAGAUGACAGUGAUGUAGAUAAUGUGGACCCGCAUUGCUCCACUACUCGAAUACCCCGCCACAGCCCCGACGACGAGUGGAUUCCGUGGCAAUCGCAAGGUGUGGCGGUGCUGGGCGGGCGAGGAAUUGACGAGUCGGCUUAA